AACAUGGAUAUAUAAAGAGUAUCUACCCAUUUGUAUAUGUAUUUAUAUAUUUGAUUAUACUCAGAAAUUGUAUCUAUUAAAAGAAACAGAUGUAAAAUUAAUAAAAGUGUAUACUUAUGUAUCUUGAAGCCUACCAUUGCAUAAAUUCAAUCAUGGAUGCAUUGAUAUGUCGUUUAUGCGGUAUAGGUCUUGUGGAGGGAAAAUGCAAAAAUAUCUUUGAAGAAUCAACUGACUUAAUAGACAAAAUAACAGAAAUUUUGCCAAUUUCAAUAUCUAUAGAUGAUAAUGGUUCAAAGCAUGUAUGUUUGCCAUGUUAUGAUAAAAUUAUUCUUUGCUACAAAUUCACUCAAGAUGUAAUGCAAUAUUCUAAGGAAUUAGAAAAGGCUUCACAAAUAAAAUCUUUGUUUGAUUUAUCCAGAGAAGUAACAGAUUUUUCAAAGAUUCAUAGUGAUGCUGUGUAUAAAUGUCCAAACUGUAACAUUGAUUUAAUGAUUUUAUUAGUUAGUAAUUCACAAGGCUGUGAUUAUACCUUCCAAAUCGCAUUAGCUAUGGUAAAUCAUUCAGAAAAAAAACAUAUUUUAACAGAAAAAAAUAUACAAAUACAUAAAAACUUAAUACAUUUCAAUAAUAUUAAGAACAAUAAUAUACAUCUUAAAGAUGUAAAUAAAAUAACAGAUACAGAAGAUAUUGAAAACAUGCAUAAUCAAGUGAGUUUGACGUUGCCCGUAUUAGAACAAGAAAAUGUGAAUUGUAUUGAUAUAUUACCUAUUAAAGAAGACCCAGAAAUAAUAGCACAGAAGAAACUGAAAAGGAAACUUAACAAAUUCAAUUUUCAUGGUAAUUCAAGUAGUUUGUCUAAGGUACGAAAAUUGGAAGAAACAUAUGAACCCAAUGAAAAUUUACUGAACUAUCAUUAUGAUCCUACAAAUAUGUUAAUAAAAGCAGAUCCUGAAAACAAUAUUAUUUAUGAAAUAGACAGUGAAAUUGAUUGUAAAAGUAAUAAAGAUAUGCGUAUAGCUGAAUUACAAAAUAUUACUUUUGAAAAAGACGAGACACAAGAAGAAAAUGAUAUUUAUAAAUCUUGUCUGAAAUACGUCUGUAAACUUUGCGGAGUACGUUAUCUUUCAUAUUUGAAAUAUGAGUUUCACAUGGAAAGACACAAAUUAGGUAAAAUGUAUAAGUAUGUAUGUACAGUAUGUAAUAAAGAAACAAGUAAUGAAAAUUUAUUAUGGGAUCAUUACUUUCAUACGCAUAAAAGUUUACAACGUUAUAUAUGUACAGACUGUGGGAAAUUAUUUGCAAAAAAAUCUAGAUUAAAUGGUCACCAAAAAAUUUACAACCAUACAGGUAUAAAACAGAUACAAGUUAAUUCUGGCAAUGACGAUAUUAAUGAAAAUACUAUACUAAAGGCGAUAACAGCAACUGAACAAGAACAGUUUUCUGUAAAUUGCAAUCUCUGUGGAAAAGUAAUCUCAGAUUUCGAUCCAGAUGCUAUUAAUGAUUUAGUUACAUGUGCUGAUUGUGAAGAUUCGACUCUUUCCUUAAUGGUAGAUGGAAACGAAACAAAAGUAAUUUCUCCUCGACAGUAUCACUGUGAUAUAUUUGUUAUUUAUCCUACGGUCGAAGGCGAGUCAAUCGUGAAAAUGGCCGGGGAAAAGCGUACUCAGGAUCAAGAGGAAACUUUGCUUUCGGAAAUGGUGAUCCUGGUUGAUAUCGAAGGCACCACGACGAGCGUAAGCUUCGUGAAGGACGUUCUUUUCCCGUACGUACGAGAAAAUUUAAACAAAUAUAUCGAAAGUAAAUGGGAGGAUGAGGAGUUUAAGAAGGACUUCGAAAAAUUAAAAGAACAGGCAAAGAAGGAUGAAGAAGAUAAAGUUGAUGGAGUUGUGCCCAUUGUUGGUGCUAAUGUGGAAGAAGAAAAGAAAUCACUUAUAAAAAAUAUAUUGUGGCAAAUGGAUGGUGAUCGUAAAACCGGUGCAUUGAAACAAUUACAGGGACAUAUGUGGCGUGAAGCUUACAAUUCUGGAGCAGUGAAAGCGCAUGUUUAUGAAGAUGUUCCGAAAGCACUAGAAUCAUGGACGAACGAUGGUAAAAAGGUCUAUGUUUAUUCAAGUGGUAGUGUUGAAGCACAAAAGCUUUUGUUUGGACAUUCUGUGCAUGGUGAUUUACUUAAGUAUUUCAGUGGUUAUUUUGAUACUGAAGUAGGUGCGAAGCAAGAACCAAGUAGUUACAAAAACAUAUUAAAUAAAAUUGGAGUAGAGGCAUCGACUGUAAUUUUCCUCACUGAUGUUGUUAAAGAAGCAGCAGCAGCGAAAGAAGCAGGUUUGUCAACAGUUGUGGUAGAACGUGAGGGUAAUGCUGCCUUGACAGAUGAAGAAAAGGCAACUUUUACCAUCAUCAAGUCUUUCUUAGACUUGACAUUUCAAACAUCUACGAAGAGGCAGAAGUUAGAAACAACAGAAACUCAAGAAACCACAAAUAAGGAUUCAAAUGCAAGUAAAGAUAUCAGUGAACCUAUGGAUACUUCUGAAGAUGUUGAGAUGUCCGAUGUUAGUGAGAAAAAAGAUGAAAAGGUUGAAAUAAAAAAAAUUGAAGCUGUUGAACCAGAGACAAAUGAAAGCGCGAAAGACCAGUUAGUAAAAGAAACCCAGAGUUCAGAUGUAAAAACAGAUGAACCUAUGAUUACUGACGCAAAGGAUGCGCCGGCUAAUGAGAAUGCGGCGGAAACUGUAGUAACAGAAAAAAUAGAGACCCAACCUUCAGAGGUGAUUACAAAAACAGAUGUUUCUGAGAAUGUACCUGUUGUGAGCAAUAAUACCGAAUCAACAUUAACACCUCCAAAGAGCGAUACGGAUAAAUCUAUGGGAACCGAAAAAGUAUGUAAGCCUAUGGAUACCACAGAAAAAGUUGUAGAAACUACAUCUGCAGAAACAAUUCCUACUGCCAGUGAACCUUUGGAUGCUGUAAUAAGUGAGCCUAAAUCAAAGUCUGAAGAAGUUUCUAUUAAAGAGAAAAAGACUGAAGAACUCACAAAUAUCAUGACAGAAACGAAAUCUGAAGAAAGCACAGUAUCAGAUGUAAAAACUAAUGAAAAUGUUUUACAAGAAAAGAACAGUAGUAGCAACGUAGAAGAGAAAACUGAAGAAUGUACUAAAAAUAAGUCUGAAAAAGAAACGACUGAGGAGUCUACUGAAAAAGUAACUAAGCCUAGUACAGUAGAAACCCAGAAAUCAGAAAAUGAGGAACCCUCGGUUAAACUUAAACAGGAAUCCACGAAAGCAGAAGAAAAGCCAGUAGAAAAUGGUGAUGUACCAUUAACUAAUGUAGAAAAAGUGACUGCACCAACGAUAACAGAACCAGAAGCUACUGGUAGCAAAGCAGAUACAGACGCUGAAGUUAAAAGUUCAACAGAGACAAUUACGGAAACUAAACCGGAAACGGAAUCAGAGUCCGUUAAAGAUAAAAUUGCUAAGACAAAAGAAACAGAAGAUGCAGCUGUACCUGUAAAAGAAAAAGAGGAGACCGAAGUUAGCGCCGAAACAACAAAACAAGAAUCGAAGGAGAAACCAGUGAAAGAAGAUAUUGUGGUAGAUGAAGUGAAAGACACAAAUACAGUGGAUUCCGAGAAGAAGAAAUUAAAUGGUACAACACAAAAUGGAGAUACAGAUGUGCCAGUGUCGGAUGAUAAAUUACAUAGAAAUGGACUAAACGAAGGAUCAUCAUCUGAAAAUGUUAAUUUGUCAUCAACCAGCGAAAGCACAUCUGCGCAGAACGGUGAACCAGAGAGUUCCUCAGAGGCUAACGCUGAAUCUAUAAAAGUAAAAAAAGUCGUUGAUUCUACAGUAGCCGACGGUGCCGGCGAACCUGACGUUGUUCCCCCUGUAGUUGUAGCUGCGACGUCUUAAUCUUGUUCUUAUACAUUUUAAGAAGUCCUUCAUACAUAACCCCAACCCAUAAUACUUAUCCGCAGGUAUAAACUGAAAAAGUUGGCUCCCUACACCUUACAUAAAUCGUAUGACGUUAAAGAAGUAAUACGUUUAAUUUAAGAGGAAGUUCAUAGGAUUUCUAUUUCUUCAAAAAAAAAAGAGAAAAAGAUGCGAAGGGACACGAUGAUACGUCAUCCGCAGCGUGUUUCAGAUUCGAUUAUCCUUUAGGUCUAAUAACUUGGAUGUAUCAUGCUUGUUGAUUGUGCUCCAGAGAGAUGGUCGUAAAACUUUUGUAUUUUAGUCGUUUAACUUAUUCCAUUGUGUUUCGGCCUGUUUUUUUUCGUUUCCCCUUUUUUUUUAGUUCGUUUGUAUCGAGACUGCUUUUUUUAUGAUUGACAGUAUGCAUUUAUAUUAUGAAUUGUCUAAAGAUAAUCGAACGUGUCAUUCGCUGUACCGUCUGUUUACAAGUAUUUUUCAUUUAUCUUGUUUUUUUUCUAUUACAUUUUUAUAAUGUGUAUUAAAAUCUUCUUUCAUAUUGCCUAAACGGAAUGUUACGGUAUAAGAACUCAUAGGAUAGGAAAUUCAUCACAGACGGAGUAUGCCGAAAUACCGAAUAUAUGUACCCUGUGCCAAAUGAAUUAAUUCGUCAAUUUUUUAACGCUUUUUUCCAAUGCGGUUACGCGUACAGCGUUGAACGAUUUGCUCGAUAAUUUUUAGUUUCUUGUAGCAAAAUGGGAGACUUUUGAGACUAUUAUGAUUUUUAAGACUGAAUUGAUAAUGCCUC